GACACUCUCGCCGACCUUGCUUCUUGGCUUCCGUCGGAGUUUCUCACCCACGAUCCCAUGGCCAUCGACACCAAACCCCCCCUCCCUUUCCCUUCCGAUUUCCCCUACGAGUUUGCCUCCUCCUCUUCUAAUGAGUCUGAGAGCGAUGACGAUGACAUCUCUGGCUUAACUCGCCGCUUCACUCGCUCCUUUUCCUUGCAGGAGCGCCUCAAAAUUCCUUACCCUCUUCAGAAGAAAAGGGUUUUCUCCGGUUCGCCGGAAGCGACUUUGAGCUGGGCUGUUUCUGGGCCUACUCAUGUUCGUUCAUCUCCGACAACGCCGUUUGUUCACGCCGAGGAGGACGCCUGGGAUCUAAUUUACGCUGCGGCUGGCCAAGUCGCUAGGAUGAAGAUGAGGAUGAACAACGUCAACGACGACGUAUUUGCUAACAGAGGUCUACUCGUAUCCCCGCGUCCUCUUGCCGUUGGACCUCCUUUCUCUCACCAUCACCCUAACUGUACCAUAUGGAGGAGUGGAAGCCAAGAGUUUAUCAAGCAACAACAUUUUCGUUACAGAGUUACCGGAGCCGCAAACUACGGCGGCGGCGGUCGAUGUGGAGGUGGGCAGCCGAUGGGUUUUCGUCAAUCUGCAUGGCCUCCCCUCCCAGUUGAAAACCAUCGGCGUCAACAACCCUCCACUGGGUUCAUCGCCAAACCUGUUCUCGGCGGAUCUGGUGGCGGUUGUGGCCGUGAGACCACCGUUUUAAAAAGGGAGUGUGCCGGUACCGGCGUGUUUUUACCCCGGAGAUACUCUAACGAUCCACCUGAAUCGAAGAAAAAACCAGCAUGUUCGCCUGCUCAUAUGCCAGCCAGAGUAGCUCAGUCGUUGAACAAAAGCAUGGAGCCCAUUAUUCCACAGAUCCAUCUGAACACCCAUGGCCGUGGUUAUACCCAGUCUGACAACGGAAGUGCAAUGGUAGGGCGGAGGAGCGGGGGCGGCGAAAGCGCAGAAGUGGUGCUUCCUCAAGAAUGGACAUAUUGAGUCCAAGUUUGGUGAUGGUGAUGGUGAUGGUGAUGGUGAAAAGGGUAGAUAGAAUAGGAAUUUGAAAAAGUAUAGAAGAAGGGGGUAAUGGGAUCCAAGGUUUUUGUUUUGGUGUUUGAAGGGUAGUAAAAGAAUAAGAAGGAAGAGUAGGUGUUUUUGGGUGAAAAGGGAAAGUAAAGAAAAGAAGGGAAUUUUGGGGUGUGGGAAAACUUGUCUCUUUUAUUCAAAAUUUAAUAAUAAAAGAGAAAGCAUAGUUUGGUUUUGAA